UGCCCCCGUCUCCCCAACCUAUAUAUCCAUCAUUUCUCCUCCCACGCACAAACUACUACGACUUUCUCUCCACACCCAAACUAACCGAGGUCUCGUGUCGUUCGGAUUCUUUUUUGCGUUCGCUGCUGCUUCUGAAGCGGUGAUAGGGUGGACAUGGUUUUGCCGAUGUUGAGACGUAGCAGGAAGGAGGCUGCGAGAGGUGGCGAGGUGGUGGGGGUGGAGGAGGAGGUGGCCGUGCCGGCGCACUUCCGGUGCCCGAUCUCGCUUGAGCUGAUGAGGGACCCGGUGACGGCGGCGACGGGGAUCACGUAUGAUCGGGAGUGCCUGGAGAGGUGGCUGGAGAGAGGGCAUGGCAGUUGUCCGGUGACCGGCCGGCCGGUGAGGAUGGGCGACCUGGUGCCCAACCAUGCGACGAGAAGGAUGAUCCAGGACUGGUGCGUGGCGAACCGGGCGCGCGGGGUGGAGCGGGUGCCCACGCCCAGGGUGCCCGUCGGCGAGGCCGACGCGGAGGAGGCGAUCGCGGAGGUGUCGGCCGCGGCAAGGCGAGGGGACGCGGCGGCGUGCGGGGCGGUGGCCGCCAGGGCCAGGGCGCUCGGGAAGGAGAGCGAGCGGAACCGGCGGUGCCUCGCCGCGGCCGGCGCGGCGCGCGCGCUGUCGUCCGCGUUCAGGCAGCUCGCUGGGGAGCCCGUGGAGGGAGCCGGCGUGGUCUCCGGCGCGCUCGGGGAGAUCUUGGCCGCGCUCACGGUGUUCUUCCCGCUCGACGAGGAGUGCCGCCGCUGCAUUGCCUCACCGGCGUCACUCAAGUCGCUCGCCUCGCUGCUCUCCCACGGCGAGCUCGCCGCGCGGGUGAGCGCGGCCAUCGUGCUCCGCGAGGUCGCCUCGUCCGGCGACCGCAACGCCCUGGAGGCCAUCUCGAGGGCCCCCGGCAUGUGCGACGCGCUCGUCGGCCUCGUCACGGGCCCGGUCUCCUCCAGCGCCACGAAGGCGGCGCUGGUCACGUCCUACUACCUCGUCUCCUCCAGCGACCGCGCGGCCGCGCGCUUCGCCGGCCUCGGCGUGGUGCCCGCCGUCGUGGAGCUCCUGGUUGACUCCGACAAGGGCACGAGCGAGAAGGCCCUGGCCGUGCUCGACGCCGCCCUGUGCACCGACGCCGGCGUCGAGUCCGCGCGCGCGCACGCUCUGACCGUACCGGUGCUGGUCAAGAAGAUGUUUCGCGUCUCCGACAUGGCCACGGACUUCGCCGUCUCCGCGCUCUGGCGCCUCUGCCGCACCUCCGGCUCCGGCGCCGGCUCGUGCCGCGCCGAGGCGCUGCGCGUGGGCGCGUUCCAGAAGCUGCUGCUGCUGCUCCAGGUUGGCUGCGCCGGCGUCACCAAGGAGCGCGCCAGCGAGCUGCUCAAGAUGCUCAACGGAUCGCGAGGCAGCGUCGAGUGCAUCGAGACAGUCGAUUUCAAGGGGCUCAAGAGACCAUUCUGAUCAGUUCCUCUUGAAUGAUUUUGUUUAGAUUUUUUUUUUGGAGAAUUAGAUUUGUGGAUAAAACAUACAGACAAGAUAGUUUUAGAAACAGGGAUUUUUUUUGGCAGUGUAAUUGAACAUUCUUAUGCACAAAGAAAUUAAUCAACAGCACAUACAGGAGAAUUAAACAUUUUUUUCUUGCUAUGUUCUUGCGACAUCUCGGUGACUCUCUGAUUAUAUAUUUCAUGAUUUUUAGUGUUUCUGAAGUUUUCUUUAGGAACAUA